UGAAGUUCACGAUAAUAUAUUUCAUGAUUUAAAAGUUUUAUAGAAAUAUUAUUUCUUUACCAGUAAUAAACAGGAUGUUAGUAAUUCCUUUUAAGAUACAUGUAUUACAUUUACAAUAAAUAUAUAACAGGUUUUAUAUUCAGAAAACUAUGAGCGACCGGAAACGUGGUGAACAAAGGAAGUGUCAUGAUGUUGACUCAGGCUUUGCCUGGAAUAUCUUAAUAGGAUGUUUUGUGAUGUAUAUAUGUUCGUUGUUGGAAGUGUCAAGGCGUAUGGUGUGCUUUAUACAGAGAUGGUGGAUUAUUACUCUUCCGGAUCCGGAAAUACAGCUCGGAUUGGCAGUAUAGCCAGAACACUUUAUUUUGGUCUUGGACCGGUUGCAAAUCUUCUAUGCAGACGCUACACAUUCCGGAGGGUAGCUUUUACAGGAGGAAUUUUGGUAGGACUUGGGCAUUUCCUGUCUGGAUUCGUAACAAAAAUGGAAUUUAUGUACUUGACCUUCCUUAUGACUGGAAUUGGAUAUGGAUUAACAUUUGCACCUUGUUCGACAAUCAUAAGUUAUUAUUUCGACAAACGCCGUGCAUUAGCAAAUGGCAUAAUGGUAUCUGGAAGUGGCGUUGGAGCAGUGGCUCUACCAUUCCUAUAUAAGUACCUCAUUGAGCAGUACGGUCUGAAGGAAGCGUUUUGGAUAAUUGGCGCCACUUUUGCUAACAUAUGCGUAGCAGCUUGUACGUUUCGCCAGCCAAGAUAUUUGGUUGAAGAAAAGAGACAAAGACUUCAUGCACUUAGAAAUGCAAGCAAUGAAUCUAAAAUCGAUGAUGGUGGAUCCGCAGAUGAAAAGGAUGAUGAAAAUACUGUUCGAAAGAUUAAAGAAAGACCUUGUGCUGCAUUAGAUCUGAGAAUUUCUCUUUUUAAAAAUGCAUUAUUCACUCUUUACAUUAUAUCGUUCAUGUUUUGUGCAUUUGGAUACACUGGAAGUUUCAUUCUCAUCCCUGCCAAUGUAAAGGCACUUGGGUAUUACAAAACACAUGUGGCACUUAGUGUAACAAUAUUUGGUGGCGUGGAAGUUGUGGCAAGAAUACUGAUUGGAUUGCUUGCAGAUUAUACAGUUAUUAAGCGUAAAUACAUAUACGCAAUUAGUAUGUUAAUUGGUGGGGUGUUUUCUCUGUUAGCUCCGUUAUUUGAAACUUUUACUUUCAUGGCUGUAUAUGCAACAGCUUCAGCUAUGUUUCCGGGGUCAUACUUUAGCUUAAUUUCAGUACUGACAAUAGAUGUUGUGGGUUUAGAGAAUUUUGCAUCUGCAUUUGGACUACUUACAUUUUGUCUAGCAUUUGGCUCGCUUCCAAGUGAGCCUAUCAUUGGUAAGCAUCAGUAAUUUAAGGGAAAGAAGCAUGCACAAAAACAAUUAAAUAAUGACUCUAUCAGCAUUCA